AUGUUUUCACAUUUUUCCUUUGACUGUGUCCUGCUCUUGCUGCUACUACUUACAAGGUCUUUGAAAGGAGUAUAUGUGUCUGAGGUGGGUCAGGAUGCUGAUCUGCCCUGCACCUACUCUCCAGCCACCCCUGAGGAUCUCGUGCCUGUGUGCUGGGGCAGGGGACCCUGCCCUUUGUUUGAAUGUCACAGUUUGGUACUCAGAACUGAUGGAAGGAACUUGAGCUAUUGGACAUCCAGCAGAUACCUACUAAAGAGGAAUUUCCGCGAAGGAGAUGUGACCUUGACCAUAAAGAAUGUGACUUUAGCUGACAGUGGGACCUAUUGCUGCCGGAUCCAAUUCCCAGGCCCAAUGAAUGAUCAAAAAUCAAACCUGGAGUUGGUCAUCAAACCAGCCAAGGUCACCCCUGCUUGGACUGCAUGGAGGGACAUCACUACAGCCUUUCCAAGGACGCUCACCACCCAGGGACCUGGCUCAGAAAUACAGACACUAGAGACCCUCCAUGACAAAAAUCAAACAGAAAUAUCCACACUGGCUAAUGAGUUACAAGACAUGGGCGCCACCACCAGAAUUGGCCUCUACAUCGCAGCAGGGGUUUCUGCUGGGCUGGCUCUUGUUCUUAUCUCUGGUGCUUUAAUUCUCAAAUGGUAUUCUGAUAGCAAACAGAAGAUACAAAAUUUAAGCCUCAUCACUUUGGCCAACCUCCCUCCCUCGGGGUUAGAAAAUACAGCAGGAGAGGGGACACAUCCAGAGGAAAACAUCUAUAUCAUUGAGGAGAACGUAUAUGAAAUGGAGGAUCCAUACGAGUAUUACUGCUCCGUCAGCAGUGGGCAGCAGUCCUGACAACCCCUGGGCUGUUGUCUUUCAACACCACCAGAUUCACCACUUCCUUUUGGGGUUUGGUGUUAUCUUCUUUGA